AUGCAGGCUCCGGCGGCCGGAGGAUCGUCCGCGGCGGCGGCGGCUCCGCAGGGAACCGCGGCCGCGCAGCCUCAGCCUGUGAUUCCCGGGGUGGCGCCAGCUCAUGCGGGUGCUCCGCUCGCGGGCGAUCCCAUGGCGGCGGCGCUGGCCGCCGCGCAGCAGUUCCUCGGGUUCAUGUCCCACGCGGGAGUUAACCCCGGCGGCUUUCCUCCUGGCCCCGCUCCCGGCCUGUUUGCGCCACCGGGCGCGCCCCAGGGGCCCGCGAGGCCGGGCAGCGCGGCGGCGAUGUUCUCGCCCGAUCACCACCAGAUGCGCCCCGGGGAGGGGCCGGCGUCGAGGGGCGCGACGCCGGGCGUCGGCGGCGAAAUGGCCGGCGCGACCUACAAUCGCAAGGACAAGAGCCUCGGUUUGCUCUGCGAGAACUUUCUGCACCUGUACGGCGCCGGCCAGGAGGAGCUCAUCUCGUUGGACGAAGCCGCCGCAAAGCUCGGCGUGGAGCGCCGUCGCAUCUACGACAUCGUCAACGUCCUCGAGUCCGUCGAGGUUGUCGUCCGGAAGGCUAAGAACAAGUACACGUGGCACGGCAUCUCGCGCAUGCCCGCGGCGUUGGACAGGUUGUGGAAAGAAGGGAAGAGGGAGUUUGGCGAGGACCUGGUCCUCGACGGCGGCGACGACGACAAGGACUCGCCGAGAGGAAAGGCUAAGAUUGCCGAGUUGGAAGCUGAGCGGGCGAAGGUCAAGGCGGAGGUCAACGGCGACCACGGCUCGGCCGCCAAGCCCGAGAUUGACGAGGGGGAUGACGACGAGGACGACGUCGACGACAAGAGCGAAGGAGUCAAGAGCGAAGGGGACGCGGAGAGCGGCGGCAGCGGCGACGCCAAAUCCUCCGGCGGCAGCAACAAAGACGCCAACAAAGACGCUAAAUCCGAGGAGGAGGACGAGGACGCCGCCGUCGCCGUGGCUGCCCUCACCGGGGAAAACGGGGCGGCCUCGUCCGCGGACAAGUCCUCGGGUGCCAAGCCCUCGGGCGCGGGCGGCGGCACCGGCGACUGCCGCAGGGAAAAGUCCUUGGGGCUGCUCUCGCAGAAGUUUGUCCAGCUGUUCCUCGUCUCCCGAGCGCGGGUCGUGAGCCUGGAGAGCGCGGCGAGGACCUUACUCGGGUCCUGCGCCGAUCAGGCUAAGCUCAAGACCAAGGUGAGAAGGCUGUACGACAUCGCCAACAUCCUCUCGUCCUUGCGGCUCAUCGAGAAGACGCACUUGGUGGACUCGCGCAAGCCCGCGUUUCGAUGGCUCGGCGUCGAGAAGGAACUCGCCGCGCUGCAAGCGGCGGCGGCGGCGGGGGUCAAGGCGGAACCCGGCCACCCGGCCGCCGCCACGGCCGCCGCCGCCGCGCACGCGUUCGCCGCGCAUGCGACGUCCGGUAGCUCCGGUGCCCCGGCAACCGGGGCGCCCGCGUUCAACCCCCAGUGGUUCAUGCCCAACGUCGGCGGACGCGCGAUGACGCCGCCGGUGCCCCGAGUCGGCUCCCCGUUCGAUGCCGCCGCGUCGAUGGCCGCGGCCGCCGCCGCGGCGAACUUCGCCGCGUCGGUGGGGGUUCCCGAGCGACCGGGCUCGAGCCUCGGCAAGUCCAAGCGCGGCGGCGGCGCAUCCGGCGGGGGCGGAUCGCCGUCGCGAUCGGACCCGUCGCGAUCGGACCCGGCGUCGGACCCUGGGGAGAUUAAGCGCCCGCGGAGCGCGCUGGGCGACGCGGCUCGAUCGCACCUCUCGGCGCCGACGCCGCAACGCGCUGUGGCGCCCGGUCUGGACGCGCUCAGCGCCAUGGCGGAGAUUGGAUCGUCCGGGGAUGUCGGCGUCGGCGGCGGCUCGACGGGCGCCGGCGCCGCCGCGCUCGCCGCGCCCGUGGCGUCGCGACCGUUACCCGGAGGGUUCGCGACGGCUCCGUCGCCGGCGUCGUCGCCGGGGUACGCCCAGAUGAUGGCGGCGAUGGCCGCGGCGGGCAUCGCGUCUCCGGCACCCGCGCCCGACGCCGCCGCGCAGCAGGCGGCGACGCUGGCGAUGCUCGCGUCGAUGGGUCCCGGUGGGGCGGAGAUGAUGCAGGCGAUGUUCCAGCAGCAGCAGGCGCAGGCGCAGAGCCAGGCGCAGGCGAUGAUGGCGGCCGCGGCCGCCGCGUCGGCGGCGGGCGCGCCCGGAGCCGGCGGCGCCCCCGCCGCGGCGGCGGCGGCGCAGGCUGCGCAGGCGUAUUACCAGGCGAUGGCGGCGGCGUCUUUCAAGCCGCCGCCACCCGGGGCGGGACCCGCCGCUCCGACGCCUGGCGCGGCUCCCGCGGGACCCGGCGCGCUGCCGCACGGAGUCGUCGGGCCCAUGGGCGACUACAUGGAGAUGUGGAGGAAGUGGUCCGCGCAGUACGCGGGGGGAGCUCCGCCGGGGGCGCCGUCCGCGUCCGCGCCGGAGGCUAACGGCGCCCAGUGA